UUGUUUCUAUAUUUUGACACUUACAUAACCUCUAAAAGAAGCAUGGUCAAUGCUUAUCAACAAGAAUACUAAAAUAAUUGGUGAAAGAGUGAUUUUGGUGCCCUAUCGCAAGGAGCAUGUACUCAAGUACAACAGCUGGAUGCAGUCCAAAGAGCUGCAGGAGUUAACAGCCUCAGAGCCAUUGACUUUGAAUCAGGAGUAUGAGAUGCAGCACUCUUGGAUGUUGGACAAUGAUAAGUGCACCUUCAUUAUUUUGGAUAAGGAGAAGUAUGAGGAGACUCAAAAUGAGGUGGCUGCUAUGAUUGGGGAUACAAAUUUGUUUUUCCUUAAUAAUGAGGAUGGGCCUUUGGCCGUUGUUGCUGAAGCUGAGAUAAUGAUUGCUGAGGAGUGGGCCAGAAGGAAAGGCUGCGGAUGGGAGGCCAUGGUCUUCCUGCUUAAGUAUGGUAUCGACAAAUUGCAAGUUAAGCAAUACACCGUGAAAAUUUCGGCGAAUAACGCUAUCAGUAUUCAUAUGUUUGAAAAGAUGGGAUUCAUUCAAACAGCUUUCACUCAGGUUUUCCAGGAAGUCACUAUGGAGAAGCUUGUUGAUGAUCAAUUCAAACAGUUUAUCAAAGAAAAUACCAAACAUCAUUUGGUGAUAGAAGAUGGCGAAGAAGUUGUUCAAUUUUAAAUAUUUUUAAUUAUCUCAUUAUUUAUAU